AUGACAUCGAAAACCAUAUGCAUUGCUCAAGAAGGACCUGCAAAUGCCUUAGCCCUUAAUAAAGAUAAUAGCCAGGUUGUGAUAGCCGGCCGUAACGUUUUUAAGAUAUUUAUUCUGCUGGAGGAUAAGUUUGAGGAAGCCUGUAAUCUUCGGGUUGGAAAAAAUUUAAAUCUUAAUUUUUCCUGCAAUGAUGUUGCCUGGAACCUCAAUGAUGAUCAUAUAUUGGCGACAGCAGCAACAAAUGGUGCAGUGGUUGUUUGGAACCUAAACAAACAAUCUCGAUCAAAACAGGAACAUGUAUUUAUAGAUCAUAAAAGAACUGUCAAUAAAGUGAGCUUUCAUAUGACAGAACCUAUGUGGUUAAUAUCUGGCUCACAAGAUGGUACUAUGAAAUGUUUUGACUUACGAAUAAAGGAAGCCAUAAAAACUUUUUAUAGUAAUACAGAAUCAGUGAGAGAUGUUCAAUUUUGUCCACAACAACCACAUACUUUUGCUGCUGUAUCUGAAAAUGGACAGGUACAACAAUGGGACAUGAGAAAGCCAGAUCGUUUUUUUCAACAUUUUACUGCACAUAGUGGUCCAAUAUUUGCUUGUGAUUGGCACCCUGAAGCUACUUGGCUUGCUACUGCAUCUAGAGAUAAAACUAUUAAGGUUUGGGAUCUGUCAGGUAAACCAAGUUGCGAUUAUGCUAUACAUACUAUUGCAUCAGUGGGGCGCAUUAAAUGGAGGCCUCAGAAAAAAUAUCACAUAGCAAGUUGUGCUCUAGUAGUUGAUUGUAGUAUAAAUGUAUGGGAUAUUCGCAGACCAUAUAUUCCAUUUGCAAGUUUCAAUGAACAUAAAGAUGUUCCUACAGGUGUGGCAUGGAGAGGCAAUCCACAAUCAUUUCUAUCGACAAGCAGAGAUUGCACUUUGUAUCAUCAUAUUUUUGACGAUGCGAUAAGACCAGCCAGCAAAGCAAAUCCACAAAGUGUUGCAUUAGGUUUAAAGAGCGAAAUUAUAUAUGCUUGUAAAGUAAAAUAUGAACCAGCCACUACUGCAAGACAACUGAGUAGUAUAAUGAGGAAACCACUUGUGACAAAUGAUGAUACUUUUUGUAUGGCUUCAAGUGUAAUGCAUAAAUUCACUUUGAACAAUUGUCAACCAAGUUGGUUCAAGAUAGCUGCAGAAGGUUAUCUACUUUCUGGAAAUUUAAAUGAUAUCUGUGAUCACAAUGCACGCGUCGCAAUCAGUUUUGGCAAAACAACUCUUGGUAUAGCAUGGCAAGUUCUGAAAAUUAUGUAUGGGGAUCCUCUCGAAUUGCUUUUAAAAAUGUCGCCAAUGGCACCCAAGGAAGAUAUAGUUAAUACUUCAAACAUAAUAUCAGGAGCAACAAAGAAUUCUGGUAUGGAACAAUCAAACGCAAGCAAACAAUCGAGUCAUGAACACGAUACAAAGUCCCUUCAGGGUGAAAACCCGACUGGUGCUGUCAGUGGCGGCGACGAUGAGACUGAAACAGAAACAGACGCGCCAGAGAAUCCAAAUAUUACAGGGCCGUCGACUAACUUGGCAACUGUUCUGCCAAGAAGACCAUUGCUCAGUGAUGUACCUUCAACAUCGAGAGGUGAUUUUAUUUUUGGGGAAACUGAAUAUGAGCCUGUGUCGUUGGAACAUCCUAGUGAAAGUAGGCAUAUUGUAAUGCGUAUGGAAGAUGAUGAAUGGACCAAAGAAUUGCAGAAAGAGGCUUUCCCUUUACGACAUGAGAUAAAGGAUCGAUCUCCACCACCGGAACAAUUUCCUAACCAUCCCACUGAACUCGGCGAAGAUCCAACUUCCGUUAUAAUUGAGGAUCAACCUCAAUUAGUAGUACCACUUCUACCUAAGCCAUUGUUGUUUGAUUUCACGUCCGUAAUCUUGGAAGCGUUGGAAUAUCACGCGGCAGUAAGAGACGUACAAACAACAGUAUCGAUGCUAAUUGCCUUAGGAGAAAAGAGAAAAAAUUUAAUGCUUCCCAUAGCUUUGCAAGAACAUUGGAUACUGGAAUAUUUGGAUUUGCUUGGCAAAUUUAAACUUUGGCAUAUAGCUACACAGAUAAUACAAUUGGCAUGGAUUCCUUCUAUAUCGCAAUUGAAUCAACAAUCAACCUUGAUACACGUAUCUUGUGCAGCAUGCACAAAACAGUUGCAACGAUCUGCUUGGUUGUGCGAUCAUUGUCAUACAUCCGAACAUGCUCUUUGUUCCAUUUGCAAUCAGGUUGUACGUGGAAUGUAUGUAUGGUGUCAAGGUUGUGCACAUGGAGGCCAUAUAAAUCAUAUGAGGGAGUGGUUUAAUGGUAAUCGACAAUGUCCUGCUGGUUGUGGACAUUUAUGUGAAUAUAAUUAAAAAAAACUUGUA